AUGGCCCAAGUCUCCAUCGACCGCCUGCUCAACCUCGCCGCCGACGACCCGGCCGCCGUGCUCGCCGCGCUGCCCGCCCACCCGCAGCUCGCCGGCGCCCGCGACGCCCACGGCUACUCGCUGGCCCACGCCGCGUGCUCCUACGGCCACCUCGACCUGCUGCGCGCCCUCGUCCGCACCUACAACGUCUCCCCGGACAUCCGCGACGAGGACCGCGAGACGCCGCUGUUCGCCGCCGAGUCCGUCGACGCCGCCCGCUGCCUGUGCGAGGAGCUGGGCGCCGACGUCGCCGCCCGCAACGACGACGGCCAGACCGCCGAGGAGAAGGUCGACGCCGAGGGCGACUUCCCCCUCGUCGCCGCGUACCUCAGGAGCAGGAUGCCGGGUGCCGGCGGCGGCGGCGGCGGCGGCGACGGCGCCCCGUCGGCCGACGUGGCUGCGUGGCACCAGGACGGCGCGGACGCCUUGACACACCCGCCGCCGUUGCCCGAUGGCAUCAAGGUGAAUGUCGGAACCAUGUCGGCCAGCGAUGUGCCCGAGGAUGUCGUGGAUCCCGAGUUCAGGCGGAAGAUCGAGGAGCUGGCUGCGCGGGAGGACUACCAGAGCGAGGAGGCGCAAGCCGAAUUGCGGCGGUUGGUCGAGGGCGCCAUUGGCGGCAUGAAGUCGGAUGCACAGUCGCAAGACAGGAAUGUCAGGAGAAGAGCGGAGUGA